CUUUUCUGUUGCUGCUGUUUUUCUAUUCAGGUUUGUUGGGUUUUCUUUAUUUUCUCUUACUAAUAAAACCUAGGGUUUUGAAUUGGCAUUGUAGUUGGUCAAUCUUGUUUAAUUACUUGUUGGACUAUACUUAUUCUCUUUGCAAUUUGAAUUAGGGCAUGUUUGAUUCUUGAAACUUUGCAUUGCACUUUGGUUUCUAUAACAAUUAAGUGAUAAAGAUAGGAUUUUUAGCUUCCAAUCCCUUAUUUUCAAGAAAAAGUUUCUAAAUUUGGUAACUUUUUGUUUCUUUCCUUUCCCUUCCUUGGCCAUAAGUGAGUUGGGUUGUUCUUGUUUGUUUGUGGUUCCUGAUUUCUCAUUCUCUCUGGGUGGUAUAUUUGUAGAGGUAUAGCUGUCAGUGUGUAAAUCUUGCUGUUCAUAGUUUGAGCUUUCUUGUUUUUGUUUGUCAUGUAACUCUAUUUUACCCGUUUUCGGAAUUGAAUAUCUUGGGUCGUCAGAUCUGCUGUUUUAAUGGAUUAUAUGGGAGAACCUGGUUAUUCUGUAGGCAAUGGUAUCCCAGAUUCCACUCCCAGUAGUGGUGGUUUCGAUGGUUGGGGUCCUAAUUAUUCUGACCAGGCAGUUUGGGCUACUGAGGAUGAUUAUAGAGCAUGGAACACUGAUUCCAAUUCCAGUCAGGAUGGUAGACAUUCACAAAACCGGUCUGGGAGUGAGCCCCCAAACAAGAAGUCGAGGAAUGUGCAGGAUUCAGAUGCACGCGUUAUAGUUACCAGUAGCUCUAAAGCAAUCGGAAAGAUGUUCUUUAAGACUAAACUGUGUUGUAAGUUCCGUGCUGGUGUUUGCCCCUAUGUUACUAAUUGUAACUUUGCUCAUGGAAUAGAGGAGCUUCGCAAACCGCCUCCUAAUUGGCAAGAGAUAGUAGCUGCACAUGAAAGUGAUCGAGGAGGAAUGGUGGAAAUGAGAGAAGAACAUCAGAUACCGAUAUUGAGCUCUCCUGAUUUGCGUGGGGAGUCUCAAAGGUCCGCUAAAGGGAGGCAUUGCAAGAAGUUCUACACUGAAGAGGGAUGUCCUUAUGGAGAUAGUUGCACUUUCCUUCACGAUGAACAAUCACGAUCUAGAGAGAGUGUUGCAAUAAGUGUGACUCCAACUGUCGGUGGAUUUGGUAAUAAUGCUACUAAUGGAGCAACCCAAAAGCCUUCAAACUGGAAGACAAGAAUUUGUAAUAAGUGGGAGACUACUGGUUAUUGCCCAUUUGGCAGCAAGUGUCAUUUUGCUCAUGGUGCGGCAGAACUGAACAAGUUUGGUGGAGGACCUGCGGAAAACGAGGGCAGAGAUUAUCUUUCUGUUCCUCCAGAUAUAAAGCAGGGAGGGGGUUCCUUAAGAACAUCAGAAAGUACAAUGCCUUCGACCAAUCCAGCACUCCACACUGAUGUUUAUCAUCUGGGACAGGGUGUUCAGGUACAGAGGCCGACAGGCAUAGUUGAGAGGCCUGGCCAAAGGUUUCAAAAAUGGAAAGGCCCGGAUAAGAUUAGUAAAAUAUAUGGCGACUGGAUUGAUGACAUCGAAUGAAGGAGUUGUCCUAAUUAACUACUGAUCUGUUUACCAAUGAAGUUGGCCUAGUGUUUUUCCCGUUUUGAACCGAAUUUGGGGCAUGCCUAACCUUGUUGUAUUAGAGCUACAAAGUAGAUUAGCUGCUAGUGAGCCUAUGUUGAUUCCCUGCUCUGUACUAUAGACAACUUGUUUGUUAGAAUGAUAAAAGACUAAAAUAUCUGUA